CUCUCUCUCUCUCUCUCUCUCUCUCUCUUCUCUCCUUCUCUCUCUCUCUCUCUCUCUAUCUCUCUCUCUCUCUCUCCUCUCUCUCUCUCUCUCUCUCUCUCCUCUCUCUCUCUCUCUCUCUCUCUCUCUCUCUCUCUCUCUCUCUUCUCUCUCUCUCUCUCUCUCUCUCUCUCUCUCUCUCUCUCUCUCUCUCUCUCUCUCUCCAUAGAUGCUGGCUACCAUGUCUUUGUAUUUGUCUUUCUCUCUGUAUCCACUUGUCUGAAUAUUUCUGUCUUAAUCUGCCUCUCUUUCCUUUUGCCUCCCUACUCAAACCUCAAAGGGAUCAAUAUUCAGUUGUGAUAUCUUAGCCUUUUCAGUGGUCGACAUGUCAGGUUUGGGCAGUUUAAACUAAUAUUGUGUUUGAGAAUGCCUGCCAAUGCAUGAUAAUUUUCACAUGCUAACCAGCAUUAUUUUUCAGAGGUACCUGUGUCUCUGAUUCUGAGGAAGUGAUAGCAAGCUUGUUGCUAUACAUUCCACGUCAGAUCAAAAUGCCUAGCUUCACUGUGAAGGUGAAAUGGGGGAAGGAGCUGUUCAAGGACGUGGAGCUGAACACAGACGAGGAGCCGGUGGUGUUCCGCGCUCAGCUGUUCGCGCUAACCGGCGUGCAGCCGGACAGGCAGAAGAUCAUGCUGAAGGGCAUGACGCUCAAACCGGAUUCGUGGGAUAAUGUCAAACUGAAGGAUGGCAUCACACUUCUGAUGAUGGGCAGCAAGGAGGAAGACAUUGCCCAGGUGCCGGCCGAGCGGACUAAGUUUGUCGAGGACAUGACGGACAGUGAGUUGGCCACGGCCCUGGAGAUGCCGGCUGGUCUCACCAACCUGGGAAACACCUGCUAUAUGAACGCCACAGUGCAGUGCCUGAAGUCGGUGCCGGAACUCGCGGAGGGUCUCAAACAGUUCAAGAGUAAUUAUGGCGCCGAGGGCGGUUACGCGCAGGCAGUGACGUCUGCGCUGCGCGACCUCUACUCGAGUAUGGAGAACGUGGCCUCGGUGCCGCCCAUCAUCAUGUUGAACGUGCUACACACGGCGUUUCCGCGGUUUGCCGAGCGCGGCGAGCAGGGCGGCUUCCAGCAGCAGGACGCCAAUGAGUGCUGGACAGAGCUGGUGAGGAUGCUACAGGAGAAGUUGAAACCCCGACAGGAACAGGGACCCGACGGCCAAAUGGUGCCUUCAAAGUACGGCUCGCUGAUCGACCAGUACUUUGGUGGCGUGUUCAGCUCCGAACUCAAGUGCGUCGAAUCUGACGAGGAGCCCGUCACGCGGUCCACGGAGAAGUUCCUCCAGCUCAGCUGUUUCAUAUCGCAGGACGUCAAAUACCUUCACACCGGGCUCAAACUGCGGUUACAGGAGCAGCUGACGAAGCGGUCGGCCCUGCUGGACCGUGACGCAGCGUACAGCAAGACGUCCCGCAUCAGCCGGCUGCCCGCCUACCUCACUGUCCAACUCGUCAGGUUCUUCUACAAGGAGAAGGAGGGUGUAAACGCCAAGAUCCUGAAGGACGUCAAGUUCCCGAUGUUGCUGGACGUGUACGAGCUGUGCUCGGAGGAGCUGCAGCAGAAGCUGCUGCCGAUGCGGACCCACUUCAAGGCCUGGGAGGACCUCAAGGCGGAGGAGGCGCGCGUGCCGGCCAACAAAGCGGCCACGGCGCCGGCGGAUAAAAAGGAGGAGGUGGCCUGCGUGCCCUUCAGCUUCGAGGACGACAUGGGCUCGAACAACAGCGGCUUCUACGAGCUGCAGGCGGUGCUGACCCACCAGGGGCGCAGCAGCAGCUCGGGCCACUACGUGGGCUGGGUCAAACUCGCCACCGGCUGGGUCAAGUUCGACGACGACACCGUCACACCUGUCGAGGAGGCCGACAUCCUUAAACUGUCGGGCGGCGGCGACUGGCACUGUGCUUACGUGCUGCUGUACGGACCCCGGCGACUCCCUGUCGAAGCGCUAGAGAAGGUGAAGGCAGCAGCGGCGGCGGCGGCGACAUCGGCGGCCGCGACAGCAGCGCCCUCUGGGGAUAGCGGGGAGAAAAUGGAGCAGUAGCGCACCCUGGUGGUGCGCAGGUGGCGCCGCCACGCGGCGAGUCGGCAAUACUGGGCCGGCAGUGUCCCAGUCAUCAAUCAAUACAUGGUUCUUAUUUA